UUUUGUCCAACAAACAACUGCCCCAAAAGAAGAGCAAUGGAGAAGCCUUUGCAGGACAUGGCUUUUCUCUGCUCUUCUCUCUCUCUCUCUCUCUAUCUGGUGGUGUGGCCUCUUUUGACAAUAAAUUUUUUCGUCACUUUUUUUUUUCCUUCUCCCUUAAUAAUCUUCAGUAAAUCUUGAAAAUUUCAUGGUUUUCUCAGCUGGGUAGUUUUUAUUUUCUCAAAUUCUGUACCAUUUUUGGUUGGGUUAGGAAAAAAAGGGCGAAUUGAUUAGCUUUUGUACUAUGUUUUCACUGUUGAUCUUUGACUGCUUUCUUUAGUAGUAUCCUUUUUUUUUCUCUACUUGUUUUUGCUGUUUGAAGGUUUGAUGAUUCCAAGCAAACCUUUUUUGUUUUCUCUUUUUUGAAGCUUGAACAAGAAGUGAAAGAUGGGAGCUUCAUUAUUGUGUGUUUAUUGGUGAUAUUAUUAUUAUUAUGAUGAUGAUGGUAAAAUGAGGGACUUUUGACCAUAUAAAAGAGAUUAGGAUAAAGCUAAGGGAAAGGAACAGGGAAGUGAGAUAGAUAUGUGUGAGUUUGUACAAUAAAGAGGGAAAAAAAGAGAGUAUGUUUUCUAGCUUUGUGAUUUGUCAAUGAGAGAAGAAUUGAGUAGAGAAACACCAACCUUCCUUCUUUUUUGUUUCACAUCUCUUACGUAUAACCCAGAUGUAAUGUGCCUUGAAGGGAGCUUGUCACUGCAGUGAAUUUAGAGUGUGUUGGGGGAGUGGUGGAGGGGUUUUAAAAAUCUUUCUUUUUUGGUUCCUUGAGAAUCUGUGCUGCUCUUUUUUUUUUUUAAGGUGAAGGGAGGGUUUCAAAGAUGCCUAUGUUUCAACCCUCCAAGAGGGAUGCCGUUGUUGCUGGAUUUGAUGGUAGUGGUGAUGGACAGGUUCUAGAUCUGGAUACUGCUGUUAAAGAUGGGGUUCUGGGUGGUGUUGGUGGUGGUGGAGUCGUUGGUGCCGGUGUUGGUGAGAAAUUGGAUCUGAAGAAAAUGAUUGAAGAGCUUGAUUUACCUGAGAUUCCUUCUGUGUUUAUUUGUCCAAUCUCCCUUGAGCCAAUGCAAGACCCUGUUACCCUUUGCACUGGCCAAACGUAUGAGAUGUCCAACAUUCUCAAAUGGUUCAAUUUGGGGCACUAUACUUGUCCCACUACAAUGCAGGAGCUCUGGGAUGAUUCUGUUACCCCAAAUAGAACCCUUUAUCAUUUGAUUUAUACUUGGUUUUCGCAGAAGUAUUCGCUUAUGAAGAAGAGAUCAGAGGAUGUACAAGGAAGGGUAAGUGAGCUUCUUGAGACAUUGAAGAAGGUUAAGGGUCAAGCCAGGAUUCAAGCCUUGAAGGAGCUGAAACAGGUUGUGGCAGCACAUGCUACGGCUAGGAAGACGGUGGUUGAUGAAGGUGGGGUUGCUGUAAUUUCAUCCUUGUUAGGCCCAUUUACGUCUCAUGCGGUUGGUUCGGAAGCAAUUGGGAUUCUUGUCAAUUUGGAGCUUGAUUCAGAGUCCAAUACCAAUUUGAUGCAGCCGACAAAGAUUUCAUUGAUGGUGGAUAUGUUGAAUGAAGGGUCAGUGGAGACAAAGAUCAAUUGUACGCGAUUGAUGGAUAAGUUGAUGGAGGAGAAGGAAUUUCGGUCGGAGAGCAUUUCCAGCCAUCGUCUGUUGGUUGGGGUAAUGCGGUUAGUGAAGGAUAAGAGGCACUCCAAUGGAAUUUUGCCUGGACUUAGCUUCCUCAGAUCUAUAUGCUUGCUUAAACAAGUUAGGAGCUUGAUUGUGAGUAUUGGAGCUGUUUCUCAAUUGGUCGAAUUGUUGCCUUCUUUGGAACCUGAUUGCUUGGAAUUAGCCCUUUUCAUAUUGGAUACAUUAUCAUCUCUGCCGGAGGGAAAAGUAGCAUUGAAGGAUUGCGCAAACACAAUUCCCAAUACGGUGAGGCUGUUAAUGAGAGUUUCAGAAAGCUGUACUCAAUAUGCAUUGUCCAUUUUGUGGUCUGUAUGCAAACUUGCUCCCGAGGAAUGCUCCUCAGUUGCUGUAGAAGCUGGUUUAGCAGCAAAGCUGCUUCUCGUGAUUCAGAGUGGUUGCAAUCCUGUGUUGAAGCAAAGGUCUGCGGAGCUCUUGAAGUUGUGUAGCCUAAAUUAUACAGACACCAUCUUUAUUUCAAAGUGCAAGCUCACAAGGACAAUCCAAUGAGGGAAAUUUUGCUUGCUAUCUUUUCACACUGCCUUUUGGCACUGAGGUAAAGGAGUUAGAGGGCCUGCCCUGUUUGGGUCAUCAAAUCUUCCGAGAAUGAACGAUCAUACAAGAUGGGGGUUUGAGGUAUGAAUUAGCUCUCAUGUAUAUAUUUAAGCACUUCGAUUCCAGCAAUUGAUUCAACUUACUUAAAGAACACUCAUAAUGUGGACAAGAAAAACACAUUUCUUGCUGCAAUGGAAUUAUGUCAAGUUCUCUUUUCCAAUGCCUUGUCAAAUAAACCUCCAAAAGAAGAAAUGAUGUAAAAAUGUUUUAUGUGCAAUGGAUUAGUGUGGGGGUAUAUUGUUGGAUGGGAAUACGUGUAAGAGGAGUGCAAUUUGUUCAAGUCUUUGGAGCUUGCAAUUUCAAUUGUAAUAGACAAAAGAAUCGCUUUGCUUCUUGGUCCCUUCUUUCUCCCAAGUUGUUCCUGUGGUAGGGGCCUUCCAAUUUUGCUUUUAAGUUGGUGGGAGUUUUGCUUUUAGCUCCACAAUUGUAGAGACUGGAAUGCCUUUGGACUUCAAUUGUCUGUUCAAUGUGUACGAUGAAAAUUAACCAUUUCUUUUUUGCAUU